AUGCGUUUCGGAAAGACGCUGCGCGAGUCGAUAUACCCGCCAUGGAAGGACAAAUACGUCGACUAUGGCAAGCUCAAAAGCCUCUUGCGAGAGGAUAAGCGAGACGACGAGACUGUGUGGACCGAGGAGGACGAGAGCCGCUUCUGUGACGAGAUUUUCAACGUGCAGCUCGAGAAAGUCGCCCAAUUCCAACAGGAGCGCUUCGAUGACCUAAAACAGAGGGUUGAAACUGCGUUUGAGAAGCUCAAGGAGUUCGCGCCGCCUGCCGAGUCCAACGCCGAGGCCGAAGGCAGCGGCAGCAAACCGGAUACCGACCGCGAAGCAACCGCCUCAAAGCUUCGGGAGAUCGAAGCCGAGCUUGACGAGAUCACAAAUGAGGUCAAGGCCCUGAAGAAGUACAGCAACAUCAACUACACGAGCUUCCUCAAGAUUGUCAAGAAGCAUGACCGCAAGAGGGGCGACCGCUACAAGGUUAGGCCGAUGAUGCAGCUCAGCCUGGCCCAGCGGCCCUUCAACUCGGAACAGGGCUACUCGCCUCUCCUAAACAAGCUGUCCGUCAUGUACUUUGCCAUUCGACAGCAACUAGAGGAGGGCGACCAGGUUCCGCUCGACCUGGACGCUUUAGCAGAAACGCACAAUGGCGAGCGGUACACCGCCCAUAAGUUUUGGGUACACCCCGACAACUUACUCGAAGUCAAGACCCUGAUUCUCCGUCGUCUUCCCGCCCUGGUUUACAGCGAGCAGUCUGCUAAAGAACUCGAUGCUUCCGAUUCGCCUUCCAUUACCUCCCUAUACUUUGACAACCCCAAAUUUGAAGUGUACUCGGAGAAGAUUGAGCAACAGUCGGAAGUGGCUUCUCUGCGUUUGCGAUGGUACGGUCAACUGAGCUCCAAGCCGGAGAUUUUUGUGGAACAAAAGUCAGCCGAUGCUACCGGCAAGAGUGAGGAGCACAAGUUCACGAUCAAGCCCAAGUACAUCAAGCAAUUCCUAGAUGGGGAGUACACAGCCGACAAAACAGUACAAAAGAUGGAGAGGCAGGGCGAGAGCCAAGAACAAAUUGAGGCUUUCAGGUCGACCGUUGCUAGAGUCCAGGAGUUCCAGCAGAAGAGAAAGCUGGCGCCAGUGUUGAGAGCUAACUACGUCCGCACUGCUUUCCAGAAGCCCGCUGAUGACCGGGUCCGCAUCUCGAUCGAUACCGAUUUGGCCUUCAUCCGCGAAGACACUCUGGACAAGAGCAGGCCUUGCCGUGACCCUAAUGAAUGGCACCGCACUGAUAUCGACAACAGCAACAUGAAGUACCCGUUUCCGAACAUCAACCAGAGCGAAGUAUCUAAAUUUCCCUACGCUGUGCUAGAAAUCAAAUUAAAGGAGGACGGCAGCCGCAAGCGACCAACCUGGAUUGAGGAUCUGAUGGGCUCCCACCUAGUGCACCCAUCCCCUCGCUUCUCUAAAUUCGUUCACGGAGUUGCCUCUCUGUUUGACGACUACGUCAACAACUUGCCCUUCUGGCUUGGUGACCUUGAGAUCGAUAUUCGCAAGGAUCCCCAGAAGGCUUUUGAAGAGGAAGAGCAGCGCCGAGCUCAGCGUGCUGACGAUGUCAUGGCCGUAGGAAGCCUCAUCGGAACAGUUCCAAGCUCAUACAAGGCGGCACAAAGCUCGCCUGUUGGAAAAUCGUAUUUGGCGGAGCGCAUGGCAGCGGAUGCCACGGCGUACUUGUCUCGCUCUCUGAGACAGAGGCCCCAAGGGAGAGAUGGAGCACAGGACGAAGAGGGCGAGGGCAGUUCUUCGCAAGCACAACAGAGAGGAUACGGCACCCUAUCGGCAGUUCUCCCUGGAUUGUCUCUCUCCAAAUACGCCAGAGCUAAGCGCGCUCAGAAGGCUCGUCUCCCUGAAGGCGUCGUCGAGCCGACACAAUGGAUCAAGAACACCGGGGAGCUUAAGGUUGAACCCAAGGUGUGGCUGGCCAAUGAGCGAACUUUUCUCAAGUGGCAGUCCAUUGCCAUCUUACAGGGCACACUGGCUCUGGCGCUGUAUUCGGCGGCCGGUGACAAUGCGAUUGCGCAGUGGAUCGGCAUUGCGUACAUUGGCAUUGCGGCGUUUGCGGGCAUCUGGGGCUACAGCAUCCAGCAGGUUCGCAGGAGCAUGAUUGUGGAAAGGAGCGGCAAGGAUUUUGAUAACAUGAUUGGGCCGAUUAUCAUCAGCGUGGCCAUGAUGAUUGCGCUGAUUGUCAAUCUUGUUCUUCAGUACCAGAAAGCAUUUUCCAAGAUGAAGAAUGUCGACUCGGACAUGCCAAUGCCCAUUACGGACGAGUAG